ACCAUUGACGUCAUAGGGUGGCACAUGCGCCCUAGAUAGCGUCGCCAUUAUUCGCGAAGGGGAGUGAGAAUCUUGAAUAACACAACGCGGCACGCUGUUACAGCGGGCAGACGUAUCGCAGAUCCGAGCAGAAGACAAAUAACGCGGGAACUCGACCCCGUUCGCGAUGGCAGCGAUGUGGUUCCUUACGCUCGCGUUAGUCCUCGUGAGUUCGUCUCACGUGCUCGCAGCUCCAGCGCACACAGGCAAUGACGGAUCGAGCGGCAAAUCGGACGUACCAGUGGAGCAACUUGAAAAACUAAAAAUGGCUGAGUCCGGUAAGGAAGGGGAGAUGAAUAGCGAGCACGUAGAAUAUCACCGACUUGAUGCAGUACAAGCCAACGGGGAACUAGUUUCAAGGCUAGAACAACAUGCAUCAGCUGACGCAGUAGGGAAUGAGAAGCCGCAUGUGCACGCUCAGGCGCAGCUUGACGUGCCCUCUGAAGGUGUUCAUCGCGUGCUUGUACAAGAUGGCGGACAUGUGAGCGUGCAUGACGCGACUGUACCCACUACCGCGGCGAGUGAGGAAGUUACUACGAAGGUAUUCCACGGGGCCGCUCGCCUGGUACAGCCGGGACAAGCAACCAACGUUCCGACGGGCCCCCACACGGCUGUGCGAAGAGCUUUCAACGCAGACAUUACCAAGGAAACUAAGAAUAACAUGGAUCAUUACGCCGCAUACUCGGGCGUCCAGUACUCUCCCCUAGAUAUGGCGGAGUACGUUUUCUGGACAGGAGACGAGCGAGGCGUAACUACGGCUAUUGAGGCUUUUCUUCAGGAAGGAAUGAUGUCAAAGGAAGAGGCUAUCGGCUUUCUACAAGAGAUCAAAUUCAACAUUGAUUACCUGCGAGCGCACUAUUCUCAGAAUUUGAGGGCAGCCGAGGAGAGCGCUCAACAGGAGAAGUUGAGGAGCAUGCUUAUAGAGCAAGCCGAAGCGAAGGAAUACCCAUACCGCACCAGCAGCCCAUCUCUCCAGUCGUUCCCAUUCGGCAGCAGCCCCGACAUCAUCCGAACGAUUGCCAACAAGAACUGGGAGCUGAGCAACAAUCUGUCGCCCGUCCCAGCUUUGCCCGUCAGUAGUGAUCUGCGGCCCGAAGCUAUGAAGAGGACCUACGAUCCUAUGAUGCAGCAGAGCAAUUUGAGAGCACAAGAAUACGAGCGUGACGGCCAAUUCGCUGACGAAGAGUAUGAAGAAAUUAUGGAGAAAUUGAAUAAGCCAACUAGCAUCCCAUACAAUGAAUACACGCUGGAAGAGAUUAUUUAUCAGCUGGCCAAGAUGAUGUUUUCUCAGUCUUUAUCACGAGACCCUGCUUCCGCGCGGUCGGCUACUCGACGAUUCAUGGCCUUCCUUGAGCUUCAGGCGGAGAGGGGACAACUUUCGCGCACUAUUGAGAAGAAAGUACUUGACUUAAUGAUCGCAGCUCUGACGGACACAAUAAGCGAUCACCCGGAGUACCUGUCGUCCCGCGACGCGAUGGCCGCCACCCAGGCUAAUAGGUUUAUGGGACAUUACUACGACAUCAAAACAGAAAAGCCGAACCUGUCUCGUGAAAUUCUUACUGCGUACAAAAACGAGCUUCUGAAAGGCCAAUCACACCACACGACGGGUUACCCAGAAAAUUAUCAAUAUUAAUACUUACACAACAUAAAUAACUGCGAAGAUAUGACACUUAUUUAGUUAAGAAAGCUUUUGAGAAUAUAUAUUGAUUGGAGAUUGCAUUUUACACAAAACAAACGUUAUGUAUAGUUCCUCAGUUACGAAGCUAAAAUUUUAUAAAUUAAAGAACUCUCAUUAUAAUUUUAAAGUUAUCCAUUAUAAGUUGUAUUUAUAAUUAAAAUAAAUAUGAUAUGUGGUGGUAUAUUGUAUAUCUCAGUUUACUCAGUAUAUAGCUAAUUCGAGUGCCACAAAGUCCAAAUAAACUUUUUGUAUUAAUAGAUUUUAUAUGUAGUGUCGUAUCUUCGUAAGCCAGCUUAGUACAUAUUUCAUACCUAUGUCUAGGUGUUCCUUAGAUAGUUCACGCAUUUAUUGUCCCGUCAUAUCCUAAUCUUCUUGUAUACUCAUAUAAUAAUCGAAAUAAAUGUAUAAUAAUCCUGAAGUUAACAAAAAGAAACACUUGAUCUCUUAUACUUUUAAAGCAGCCAAUAUUGUUUUUAACUUAGUAUUAAAAGUUAAACGUGUUAAGGUAGGUUAGUAAUGUGAAAUAUAUUUUAUGAAAUUUCAAUCCCAACCUUGAAAAAAAAUCUAUAUUUAUAGGUUGACUUAAAGUUGACCAGAUUAGGUAAGAUGUAAGACCAUUUAAUGUCUGAUGUUAGGAGAGAGAGGCCUAUGAUUGGCAGACAAAGUAAAUAACAGUGAUGAUCUCUGCCCCUUCCCUUUGAUGUCAAAGUCUAAAAGACUAUUUAAGUUGCGUAGAGACGAGUCUAAAAUCCUCUAUUGUAUACCCCAAGAGACUUAUUACAGUAUCAUAAAUAUAUUACAUCAAUUAAAUUAUAAAAUCUAAGUACCUACCUACAUUAUAAAGGUAAAUAUCUGUUAGCUUUGCAUGUAAGACAUUCUCGUUUAGCUUGAUUUGUUGUAGAUGAAUAUAAGUGCUAAAUGUAAGAUAAUAUUGAAAUAUAUUUAAUAGUUAGUAUAAUAUUCCUUCAUAUUUUUCUACCAAAUAUUCUAAACCUUUUCAUUGCCACGCUGUGCAAAAAAAUUGGCUUGUUUGCAUUUCAAACAAAUAAAGCUCUGUUAUGAUACAAUGACAUUUUACAAUUUCUUUGCAGUAACUACUAGUUUCCAUGUUGACAUUGAUGCAUAAGCGUGGCGGUGAAAAGAAGGUACUUCAAUGUGCAAUGUUGUGUUCCCUUGGAAAAAACAAGAGCUUACAUGCAUCAUCAAAGAACCACAAAGAAAUGCAUAUCAAUACUAAAAAACAUAUCUAUAGACAAAAAUAUUUAAAAAAAUAAACAUUUAUUUGUAUAUGAGGUGUAAAACGACGAAAAUAGCUUUGGAUAUCGAGUUAAAAAUAAAUAUAGGUGCUAUGUGAAGGAAAGUACAGAAGGGUGUCAAAUCAUACCUAAAACCGUACUGAUUAUCAGGAAGUAUAGCACGUAAUUUUUAUAUAAAAAAUAAAGGAACGAACACACAGCAUUGCACAUUUCAAAUCUUUCAACUUUCAGCUGCAUACCAAAUCUAUUAAUGUUUAAGUAACUGUAUGUAUAGUUUAGAACUGUGACUUUCAAUUUAAAUCACAAGAAUCACGUUCUAUAUCUUAAGACUUACAUUAUAUUCAGCAUUGUCGGUAUAUUAGUGGUUAGCAAAAUUUAUUAUAUUUAUAUUAUUCUUUGAAAUAUAUUGUGGAUUUAAUAAAAAAUGUUUUAAUGUCA